AUGAGUCACAUAAUUUUUACCAGUGGAGUCAUAGCUAAAUUCAAGAGACAAGACAGACAUGCGGCGGACAUGAAAGAUAAAAAGAACCCAGGGAAACAGCUGGACUGUCUGCGGGAAGACUGGGAGAGGCCCUAUCCAUCACAGGAGGUGCCAUCUUUCAGAGUGGGGAGUAGGCAUCAAGAAUAUCAACGUGUUUGGACGGAACAGACCCGGGGACUCCUCUUUUCCACCACCAGCUGCCUUCGGAUCGCCUCUCCACUCACAACCACUGACCCUUAUCUUCUCGCCCGUCUCCUGGGCCACUUGUUCCGCGAGCUGGCGGAGAAGUGUGAGGGCGCCAACCGCCUCCUGAAGAGGCAGAACCAGCGCAGCGGCCGCGCGCUGUUCCAGGAUGUGCAGAAGCCUUCUGAAAAUGAGUGGGGUAAAACCGUGGAAGCCAUGGAAGCCAUGGAAGCCGCCCUGAACCUGGAGAAGAACCUGAACCAAGCCAUUUUGGAUCUUCAUGCCUUGGGUUCUGCACGCACAGACCCCCAUCUCUGUGACUUCCUAGAGAACCACUCCCUGGGUGAAGAGGUGAAGCUCAUCAAGAAGAUAGGUGACCACCUAACCAACCUCCGCAGGCUGGCUUCCCCUCAGGCCGGGCUGGGCGAGUAUCUCUUCGAACGUCUCACCCUCAAGCACGAUUAGAGGACCCCAGAGUCCAGCAGCCUCUGGAGGCCAUCUGUGCAUCGCGUGACAUCAGGGUUUCCACCUGAGCCUCUCCCUCUAGCCAUGGGCAACUUCCUAACUAACCACCCCGGGGACCUUCCCAAGCCUUGGACCAAAUGAAAUAAAGGUUUUUGCAGCAAAAAGAAAGAAAGAAAGAAAGAAAGAAAGAAAGAAAGAAAGAAAGAAAGAAAG